GUAAUUUGCUUUCCAAAGCUUAAUUUCGAUUUUCCCAGAGAAAACGUCAGGCACCAUUCAACAUGGGCUUGAAAUACGCAAUCAAAAGCUAGUUAUAGCUGAAAUAUUGCUCUAAUUGUAGUGUUAUUGUUACUUUAGUUUCAUUUUGUAUGUACAUUGUGUAACUCUUAAAUUAAUUGAAAAUGGAAACGUUUUUCUUAGGAUACCUCGGUUAUGGCGUUUGUUGAUCACUAAAUAAUUUCGUUCGGUUGAUAGUUUUCUUUCCAUUUGAUGUCUGCUUUUCGUUUUUAAUCGUAUCUUUUGUUCGUGUUUACGUGUUACUUGAAAAUGGUGAAGGAAAAGCCCAAUUCUAUACGGAUUUAUGACGAUGAGGGAUUCAGGCGCCGUGCGGCUUGUAUAUGCGUGCGCUCGGACGCCGAAACGGAGGUGUUGCUAGUGACGUCCUCCAGGCGGCCGGAUAACUGGAUCGUGCCCGGCGGCGGCGUGGAGCCUGAGGAGGAGCCCUCGGUCACCGCGAUGAGGGAGGUGCUAGAGGAAGCCGGCGUCAUCGGCAAGCUGGGGAGAUGCCUUGGAGUGUUUGAGAACCGUGAGCACAAACACCGCACGGAAGUUUACGUGAUGACGGUGACGCAGGAGCUGGCGGAGUGGGAGGACUCGCGGCUGAUGGGGCGCAAGCGCCAGUGGUUCAGCAUCGAGGACGCCCUCGCUCAGCUCGCGCUGCACAAGCCCGUGCAGCGCCACUACCUGCAACAGCUGCAGCGGUCCAAGCAGAAGCCCGAUACUGACGACCCCGGCAGCUAAGCGUUGUCACACUGCAGUUUGUUUCAGAUAACAAUUAGCUUUUGACAUGUUUGGCGUACCAAGUGUUAUUGUCUGCAUUGGGUUGAUACUACAAGAAAUUAUAUACAAUCAAAACCAUACCUUUUCUAAUCAUUUAAAAUGCAUAAUUUUUUAGGGAAUCAACCAGUUAAAAUUGUUUCAAAAAUCAUGAUGUAUUGGUUAUAAUGACCCAGAUUCAAGUCCCAGCUAUUUGUAGUGUGAAAAAGUAACACUGAUUGUUACAACUAAAUAUUUAUUGGCUUUUACGACCUAAUAAUUGUGGUCCCUUUGUUGUAACCACAUACAGUUAAAACCACAACAACAUUUACAGUGACACAUCAGUUAUAAUGACAAACAAAACUAGUCCCAGCUAUUUUUAA